AUGUCGCUGUCCAAACAUCCGAAUGUGCUCCGAGUGCGGGGGACCUGGAUGGACGGCCACAAGCUGUACAUUGCCAUGCGGCUCAUGAAUGCCGGGAGCGCUGCCGACGUGAUGCGCUACGGCUGGCCCGGCGGGAUGGAGGAAGAAGUUAUUCGCUGUAUUCUCAAGCAAGGACUGGAGGGCCUGAAUUACCUCCACAUCAAUGGAUUCAUCCACCGCGACGUUAAAGCCGCUAACCUGCUUAUUGACGACGACGGGACGGUCCUCGUUGGGGACCUAGGCGUCGCAGCCUCCCUCUCGGACGAAGACGACUUCCUUCUAACGCACGGGAAGGACAGCGCACAUAAACGUACCAUCAACUUCGAGCCCGGCCUGGUCGUAUCACGGCAUAAUGGUGCGGCGUCCGCAGGACACGAACGGAGACAGCUCGGGAAGCGGAGGUCGUUCGUCGGCACUCCGUGCUGGAUGGCGCCAGAAGUGAUCAAUGGAAAGCGGUAUGACUCGAGUGCCGACAUCUGGUCGUUCGGCAUCACCGCCAUUGAGCUCGCAUCCGGGCGUGCGCCGCGAUCGAGAGAGUCCCCUAACCAGGUGCUGCUGCAUACUGUUCAAGACCCUCCACCACGGUUGGACAGAAAUGGAGGGCAAUACCAGUAUUCGAAGGCAUUUGAGGAGAUUGUCGCAAUGUGUCUCGUGAAAGACCCUUCAAAAAGACCCACCGCCGCCCAACUCCUACAAACCCCCUUCUUCAAGGCAGCUAAGAAGAAAGGCUACCUUGUGGGUACGAUCCUUCGCGGCCUCCCCCCGAUAUCCCAACGCCAAGAACGCCGGCGCCAGGCAUCGGUAACCACCCGCCGCUCGAUCGAUUCCUGGGACUUUUCCACCACC